GAUGCAAGAUAGUAGCGAUAGAGAGAGUGAGUGUGAGCUAAAUAGUCGUACGUACAGUAAUACACUUCAAAACAGAUUUCAUCAAAGACAGUAAUCAUGUCGGAAGACGAGAUUUUGUUUGACCCCACCACGACUAAGAAAAAGAAGAAGAAGAAGAAGCCCUUCAUGUUGGACGAGGAUGGAGAAGGCCUCAGCGAAGAGACUCCGCAAGUGGAGACCAGGGAGGCAGAACCCGAAGGAGGAGAGGAGAGAGAGGUAGAGGCAGAAGAGGAAGAGGGGAAGAAGAAAGAGCCGUCAGACGACCUUGAUGAUUUGAACUUUUUCAAUCAGAAGAAAAAGAAGAAGAAACCAAAGAAAGUGUUUGACAAUGACCUUGAAGAGGGGAUGAAGGAGUUGAAAAUCGAAGCAGAGCCAUCAGAAGGCAUGGAGGAAGAUGAUCUGGACCUGAUGCUGCCGGCCAAGAAAAAGAAAGCCAAGAAAGUGGAGUUUCAUGAGGAGAGCGAUACAGUCGAAAAAGAUGAUGCUUUGGAUGAUGAUGAAAGCAAAGGCUCAGAUGGCAUCACAUUCAGCUCCCAGACAGGUCCAGCCUGGGCAGGAUCAGAGAGAGACUACACAUACGAAGAGCUGCUGAACCGCGUUUUCAAUAUCAUGCGAGAGAAGAAUCCAGACAUGGUUGCUGGGGAGAAGCGCAAGUUUGUCAUGAAGCCUCCACAGGUGGUGCGAGUGGGGACUAAGAAAACCUCUUUUGUCAACUUCACUGACAUCUGCAAACUAUUGCAUCGUCAGCCAAAACAUCUUCUGGCGUUUUUACUGGCUGAGUUGGGAACCAGUGGUUCCAUAGACGGAAAUAACCAACUUGUUAUCAAAGGCCGUUUCCAACAAAAACAAAUAGAGAAUGUCCUGAGGAGAUACAUCAAGGAGUACGUGACCUGUCACACCUGCCGAUCUCCAGAUACGAUUCUGCAGAAGGACACACGUCUUUACUUCCUGCAGUGCGAGACAUGUCACUCGCGCUGUUCCGUCGCCAGCAUCAAGACUGGCUUCCAGGCCGUCACUGGCAAGAGGGCACAGCUCCGUGCCAAAGCCAACUAGUGUUCCACCCCCACGCCAUCCCAAUGCCCCAUCCCCAGUGGUCAACAGUCGGGGCACCCACAAUACCUUGCCAUCUUACCGCCCUACAGCAGUUCUCUUUACAGAGGCAAGGUCCAAGUGCCCGCCUCCUCCACAGGCUUGGACUACUGGAGUGCAGUGUGGAAGGGUGUGGAGUUUGGGUUUUGUUGAUGUGCUGUGUAGGUUUUCAGAGAAAGUGAAUGAAUCUUUAUCACAGAGAUGCUGGAAGGUUGUAGCUCAGAGGCCUAGUGAAGCGUUGGUCUCCCUGCUUUGUCCCUCAAACCUACGGCUGGACAAACAAAGCUUCUCAACCCAUCUCUUCUUUCUUAUUAGCAUUUAGCAUAUCCGGUUGUCAGGACAGAUUACCAGUAUGUUUUUAAUCUGCCUAACUGAAAGAUUGAGUUUUUCAGUCCAGUUGGAGCUUUUUUCCCCCUCUCCUCCCCUAAGCUAUGAGCCGAAACACUCUCAUGUAUGGCUUCUCUCUUUGGUUUACAUAGCUUCAUUUUACAUUUUGCACAUUUUUGUGAAAUUUUCACCCAAGUUCACACACUUCCCUACUGUUACCUUUUGAGGGGGGAACGAACUCUGCAAAAAUGAAAAUUUUUCUGUGUCAGCCAGAUAUUUUGGGAGCUUCAAUAAACACGCAACUGUUUUCAUUUUUAAGCAUUGUAUGAGUGAUACGAAGUUUAACUUUGAAUCUCACUCUGUAUAAAACACCUUAAUCUAGUCAUUUCACCUAUUCAGAGGAAGUUAUUUGUUUAUGAGAAUUCUUAAUGUACAGGGCAACAGAUGGUGCACUGUAUGUUCCGAGUGUUCUUUCAGAUAGUUUUGAAUCAGUUUUUUAAAUAAAGAAUUUGACCUG